AGCGAGAGCACUUGCUCUCUGCUCUUUCGCGGUCGGCUCUCUUUGUGCGGCGGCUGCUGUGCCGCGCCGCCAAUUUGCAAGAAAAUUAAGUUCGUUUCGUUUGCAGUUGUGGAAAUCGACGAGGAGAGCAGCGGCGCACUCUCCGCAAGGAAGCUGAGCUGCCAACGGCCAGUGAGAGGUGACGAGUGGAAAGUGCGCAGCAUCCAGCGACACAGGACAUGCGCAGUGGCUUCUUUGGUAGUUGCAGUUUGGCUAACAACGCCUGAAAGAGCGAAUAAACAUGGCCUUCUCCCGCCAUAACAUCGAGAAGCGCCGACUCAUCGAGCUAGUGCGCCUGAACCCCAUCCUCUGGGAUUGCCGCCUGCCCCACUACAAACGUUCCGACAAGCGCAAGGCCAUCAAGUGGAACGAGCUCGGUCGCCUUUUCAACGUCAAUGGAGAGCGAGUGCAGCGCACCUUUACAUCGCUCCGCGAGAUCUUCCGCCGCGAGCUGAACCACGAGAAGAUGCUGGGCACCGCACGCUUCAAGUCCAAGUGGGAGUACUACGACGCCAUGGCCUUCCUCAAGGAGGUCAUUCGUGAGCGCAAAUCCCGUGAGCGCAUCAAGCACGGCUUGGAUUCCGCUCCUAUGCCCACCGGCAGCAGCAACAACACCACCAAUACCACCAACAAUGUCAGUCGUAACAGCAGCAACAACAACAGCAGCAGUGCGGCUUUAGACGAGUAUCAGUACUUCGCGCCGAGUGACCCCAACAACCCAAACAACCAGCCCCAGCCGCAGCCAGCGCCAAAAAGCAGCUUGCCAGCAUCUGUGACCAUCCCCAGCCUGAGUCUCAGCCUUAGUCAGUUGCCCCCUGCUCUGCAGCAGCAGGCCCAACACCUUCAAGCUCUUCAGUUGCAGCCAGACGUGACGCUGACCUCGCUGCAGAAACAGCCGUCCCUUUCCCAGGCCACACCCACGCCGAUGUCCCAGUUAUCGCCCGCCCAGUUGUUGUCCAGCUCGCGCUCCUGCAGCUCUUCGCCCUCGAUCUACAUUAAGGACGAGCCGGGUUCUCCGGAAGUGGGGUGCCCGGAUGAAGUGGUGUCUGGGAAUGGCCGAGAGGGGACACAUAAGAAGCUGGCCACAAUUCGCCCUCAGACCAAAGAGCAGCUCAAGGCGCGGCUGCAGCUGCCACCACCCAAAAAUACAUCGGCUUACGCCACGUCGCCGCCCCAUUUGAUCAUCAAUGCCAACAACGAGCUUAUCGACGCCGACGCCGGUGAUCUGGAGGAGGAUCUGGACGACUUCGACGAGGAUGACGACAUUGCCGGACACUGCUUGCCAGUUGUCGAUCAAUCGGAGAUGACAGGCGCCGACGGCAGGCUCUCAGCCGGAAGCAGCUACACCGGAGACGGUGGGGGAUGCGGCAGGGGCCUGGGUCGAUCUCACUCCCAGGCACGCCAUAUGCCCACUUCCAGGGAACUGCUCUACAUAAAAUUCGGCGACUUCCUGGCCGCCCGACUAAACACUUUGCAAGAGACUGUAGCUAACGAAUUGAUGAACAAGAUGCUGCUGCUAAUCGCCGAGAAGUGAUGAUUGUGGGGACCGAGAACGCCUCUGAACGGAGUAGCUCCCAUCCCAAGGCUACAUCGUGUAAAAUUAUGAAGUAACUGGCAUGAAUCAAGCCUGUAUUAUGUGCCAUAUGAUAAAACACUAAAGCGUUUAGCGUAGUCUAUCAUUAAAAUGUAUGAAAUAGAUUUAAGAUCAAAACAGUUUAAAAAUUCGACACAUAAAAUUACACAUUUCCAAACUUAAAAUGCAACAUUGAAUUAACAAUUUAAUCUCUUGGCCUUAGUCUGCCCGCUUCCACAGUUUGUAGUGACUCCGAGGUCGGAAGAGCUUAACUGCCCAGUUCAACUUUAUGCAAAUUGAGACGUUUCCUAAAGUCUUCAACAUAAAAGCGAUUAAACUUUAUAAGCAUUAAAGUAGCAUCUACUUUCGCGACUUUUAAUGCCUUUCUUUCGAACUCACAUUUCCGCUCGUCCUGAACUGUCUGCUUAAUUGUGUAAAUGAAUGGCUGGCCAUCCAUCUUCAUGGUAAAAACAACAAAAAAUUUCAGAAUAAUUACAGAACGAUUAAAUUAUAAUUAAAGCGAUUAUUACGGCGGUGAACUGUGUUUUUUUUUAAUGCGAACCUAAAC